AUGUUGGGAUCCCUUCUGGAAUCCCUACAGAUUGAUGUGGCCUUCCUACAAGAGACCCACUUCGGAAGCUGCUACGAAGCAAGGAGUUUCGAGCAGCGAAUCUCAGUCAAAGGUUAUUUUAGCUUCGGCAGCACUCGUGCCAGAGGUGCUGCGAUUGUUUUCAGGAACACUUUUCGUGGUCAAGUAGCCAGACACUGCUUUGACUACGAGGGAAGAGUGGUGUCCGUCGAUGUAUCCGUAAAUGGAAAAGACAUCCGACUUGUGUCCGUAUACGCCCCGACGGACCAUCAAGAGCGCAACGAGUUCUUCAGAGGCCUUGACCCCUAUCUAAUGGGCAAAAGAGACAUUCUGGUCGGAGGGGACUUCAAUUGUGUCCUGGAUGACGUACGCGAUAGGGUCGGAGGUACUCCGAGACACCAACCCUGGAAAGCAAAGGAGUUACGCCGUCUGCUGAGGGCCACCAACUUGACGGACGCCUGGAACCAGUUACACGGUGUUACGCCUGGGUUCACCUUUUGCUUCCGUGAACGCCAAGUCAGGCUGGACCGGUUUUACGUGACACAGACUGUAUCUCCCAUUCUCGUCGACUGUGCUGUGGUACAAGUCGGCACAUCGGCCAACUUCUUUUCCGACCAUCGGGCUCUAGUGUUGGAAACCCGCGACCAGCAGGGCUUUGGCCUACAACCUACGCCGUGGCGUCUAAACCUGUCCUUGUUGGAGGAAGAACGUGGGUAA